UCGGCACUUGGCGAGCCCAGGCCUUGAACCCCCUCACCGCCUGCCGACAAUUACUCACUACCCCACAAGUCUGAACUGUUACAAUUUCACCACACAAGGAGUGAUUGCAUGUCUCAAGCCGAAAGAAUCAUCGUCCCCAAAGACCUGUACAAGGAACAGUACUCGCCCAAGUUCGUCGGACGGUGGGACGAAUUGAUCGACUGGCAGCGUCGGGCGGAGGCGGAAAACAACUUCUUCCAGGAUAUCCUGAAGGAGCAUGGAGCCGAAACUGUGCUGGACAUCGCCUGCGGCACCGGAUUUCAUGCCGUUACUCUGAAAGCCGACGGUUUCGACAUAACCGCAGCCGACGGCGCGCCCAACAUGCUGGCGCAGGCCAGGGAAGAAUGCCGAACGCUUGGGGAUUGA